UGUACAGAAGAUUUAAAUUUAUUUUUAAUUGUCUAUUUUAAUUUUAUUAAUAAUUUUAUUGUGUCAUUAUUUUGACAAUCGCUCGCUAAUUUUUAAUGUCGCUAAUACUGUUUUGUGGACGAUGAUGUUAAGACAAUGUGCAACUUAUCAAUGGGGCUCAUGAGGCUUAAUUUAGGCCUCCCCCACGCCCUGGUAGCUUGUAGAGAAUGCACAAGCUGAUGCACAAGGGCUUAAAGAAGAAGAAGAAAUCGAAGAAAGGAAAGAAAGGUGCCGAGGAGGAAGAGUUUGAUCCCGAGGAGCUCGAACGUUACAGGCGAGAACGGGCGGAAGCCCUUGAAAAAGCAGCCGCCGAAGGUUCAACAGCAGCCGCCGGUUCCGACGAGUGGCAAAAAUUUCAAGCUCUGACUGCUGGUGUCGAUUCGAUACUAAAGAAAACCCAGGGUGACUUAGAUCGCAUUAAAUCGACGUCCUUUUUCCAACGCAAGGCGCCGGUCGUUGAGGAAAAAAAACCGGAAGUUGAUCCGGAACUCGAAAAGGAACGGGCUAAACGUUUCAUUGGUUUUGAUAAGGACGGUAAUCCUAUUGAACAGGUCGCUGAUAAAGAGGAGGGUAAAAAGAAAGAACUAACUGUCACUGAAGAGGGUUUCGUUGAAAUACCAGAUGAUGACGACGAAGAUGAAAUCUCGGAGGAUGAAGAUAUUUUUGACACAACGUACAUCGAUGUUCUGCAGAAUACCGAGAUCCAAUUAGCUUACAUACCAGACAGUCCGACUGAAGAAGAAGCUGGUGAUGAUCCAUUUGAUACUACAAAUGCUGAUAAAGUUCUAAAGACUGUUGACAAACACGGUAAAAAAGUUGUUAGUCUUGGUAACGCUGUUGAAGUACUUUCCGGUCGUGUUGAUCAAGCCAGUGCUUGUAAAAUAUCAAGACCACGUAAAGUAAGAGUGCAAAAUUUAUUACUAGACGACGCUGAGGUAAGCGAACCAGUUCUUAGUGAUGCUGGGGAGCCUGGAGAGAUUGUAAGUGAACCGAUUCAAGUUGAAAGAACUUUGCUUGAUGACGAUUCAGAUCUUCCAGAUAUACCUAUCGAUUUAACAAACUUACCGUCUAUUUUACCGAGACCUGUAACGCCCGAAGUUAAUGCGGGAGAGGGUGAUAAGCUACCAGAAGGUCCUAUAGAUAUAUCAGAGUUUGAAAUUCUAAAGGAGAAGACUAUUCUUGAAGAGAUUCCUGAUUUAGAUGACGAUUUUGAUCUUGAUGGACCGGUUGAGGCACCAGCUGGUUUAAUUGAGGCCGAUGACCCAUUUGCUGAAAAAGAACCAGAGGCAAUUCAUGUUGAAGCUGAAAUAAUCGAAGCGAGCUUUGAAGUUGCGACUUUUGUUAACGAGGAAGAUCCCUUUGAUACGACAUUUGCUGAUAAUUUAGUACCUGGUAAAACAGAGUUGAGAUUUAUCGAAAAGGAGCUUGAAGAUUUACCAGAAUCAGAGGUUACUAUUUCGUUGACUGAUCCGUCGGGUUUCCAUCGCGAUUACGAAACUGGUUUAUUGAGUAAAGGAUCAAGUAAAUCAUUGGCUGCGACAACUGAUUUACUCGGCGGUUCUUCGACAGAUUUGACUCAGCUCACUGAGCAGCCUAUUGCUCCCGCUGAAGAAUUUACUUACGUUGAUCCAUUUGACACCUCGGGUAUCCAAGAACCGGCUCCUGGACACGUCGAGUUAAAAUUCCUAGAAAAAGAACUUCUGGGAGAUAAAAAUAAAUCCGUUGACAGUCUCGACGACGACGACUUUGAUCCACGUAAAGAAGAGACAGUUGUCAAGAAACCAGCAGCUGGACCACCCCCACGUCCUCCAGCAUUUCAUCCCCCAGUUUCAAGCGUAAAAGUAUCAGCAGUUAAUUUUGAAUCCGAAGAGGCAGCUGCUGUAGCUGCUAAUCAAAUACGCAAGCCUUCAAGACCAGAAAUAUUGGGUCUAGCUCCGGUUAAAAGUGUUUCCUUUGAAUUACCAACCCCAUCUCAGCGUCCAGACUUGUUGAUUACCAGUGACGAGGAAAAAUCAAUACAUUCUAAGCCACUGACGCCGUAUUAUACACAAAAAUCAAUUGAUGAAAUUGCUCAUGAAGAAAUUCUGCCCGAAGAGGAGGGCAAUGUUGAUGUAGAUCCAUUCGACACGAGCUUCGUUGCCAAAGUAACUCCUGGUAAAACAGAGCUUAAAUUAAUAGAAUCAGAGCUCUUGCAAAAACAAGAGACUAAAUUAACUCACAGUACCAGCGAACACGACUUUAAUCCACGGGAAGCUGGAAAAGUGUCAGCUGGUCGAAGACAAAGUGACUUUGGUGGGACGUCAGUGAGACCCAAAAGUCUUAAAUUUGGUGAGGUUACUGAGUCGCUAUUGGAAGACGGUACUGAGGUUAAAAGUGUUUAUGAAAUAAACGAAGCGGCGCAUCGCAAAAAACCUGAUCAACCCAAACGUCAAGAGAGUUUAUUGGACGCUGAAGUUGAUGUCAAUACCAAAGCUCUGACACCGACUAUUGAAAGCAAAGUAUCUGAGGAAGACGAAGAAGAAAUAUCUUAUGUUGAUCCUUUUGAUACGUCAAUAGCAAGUAAUAUUUUGCCAGGUAAAGCUGAAUUGAAAUUACUUGAAAGUGAGUUAAGUAAAAUACCAAAUCAAGUUCAGCAAAUUAAAAUAAAUCCAAUUAGUGCUGAUAAACUUUCACGAGCACCGCAACCAGCGACACUUGUAACUGAGGACGACGACUUUGAUCCACGUGCUGGUGAAGUUAAAGUGUCACAAGAUUUCUUGUCAUCUGACGUACAAGAGUCUGGUGAUAAAGUUCUUACUCCUGUACUGAGUGAAGACUUUGGCGACGAUAGUAUUGAUCCAUUUGACACAAGUUUUGCUAGCAUUGGACCUGGCAAAACAGAACUCAGACUUUUGGAAUCUGAAUUAAAAAUGGAUUCCAAAGGCGGAAAUCCAUUUCUGAUGGAUGAUUAUCCAUCAGAACCAGUAUCACAACAGUCAAAUCCAUUUCUUCAAGACUUUGCUGCAGAAUCUGCAGACCCAGCAGCAGCUCCAACAGUCGGCAGUGAUAAUCCAUUUUUUAAUUUCACCGCCGAGCAAAGUUAUCAACCACCACAAGCUGACUCAACAAAUCCAUUUGCAUUUUUUGAAGCUCCUGCUGCUGAAGUUCCACCGCAGGAAGAAUUCAUACCAGCAACAACAGCUGCUGACGUACAGGAAGCAAAUCUUCUUGGUACAGAUACACAAAUAAAUCUAUUUACGGACCAAGUCCAGCCGGAUUAUCAACCACAAGAGCCAGCGACAGUAGAUUUCAGUUCGCCCCCAAACGAAAAGGUCAAAGUUGAGCCGAGUAAUGAAAAACCCACGCCCAAACGUCCUCCACCUCCACCAAGACCUGGUCCACCCCCAGCACCACCACGAAAUACUAAAGAUUUAAUUCUUUCGGUGACUGACGCAAUGGAUGCUACUUCAAACCAUUUACUGGACCGACUCCAAGCAACACGUACGCCCAGCCCUACACUAAUGCACUCACCUUCGCCCACGCCCGAGCACAGUUACGCUGAUUUCCUUGAUGUCGAUAACAACAUACCAGAUUUAAUGCCAGAUGAUACUCAACCAACUAACGAUAAUCAAACGGAAAAUAUUCUUGAUAUUUUUGAUGGGCCUUCAGCUGAAAUAACCGCAGCUUCUAUUUUCUCAGCACCCAGCAUGGGUAUUGACACCAGUAUUAGUCAACCUGGCACAGAUAUUUCGACAUUCACUACAACAAAUGCUAAUCUAAUGGCCGAGAAUCCAUUCGCUGAAGUAAAUGAACCCGGUGUCGUUGAUGUAGAUGUUUCUUAUGGAUCUAAAGCUGCUGUACCUGAAGAAACUUUGGCAGAAAAGAGACAGUCAAUUGACGUCACGACUCCAUUUACUGAUAUGACCACCGAAGAUCCAACAAAUGUUUCCGUUUCAUCAGAAAUUGACGAAUCUCAAUCAAAUUUCUUUUCUGUAGGCCAAUCGACUGUAUCAGAUAUGACCAGCGCUCCAUUCUCAAGCACUCAGGCAGGUUUAUUUGACGCGGAACCACUUUUCACAACAGCUUCAACUGCUGAAACAACUCAAGUACCCACAAGUGCAUCAACAAAUAUAUUCACAUCAGAUUUACUCGGCGGUUUCGGUCAACCAGCUGACACAGUAGACGAAUUGACAUCUUCGAGCCCUACACCGGCCUCAGAAUUUCCCGUUGCUGCCUAUAAACCCGAGGAGUUGGACAGUUUUGCGGCGGCAACUGAGCCAAUUCAAAAUAACUCCGACGCAUUUGAUGCAUUUGCCAGUAAAUUUGACAAAGCUGCUGAACCUGAAGCUGGCGUUGAUCCGUUCAUGGACGCUUUUGGGUCCGGACAGACUGCCAUGGAUACUUCGAGUGAUGUCUGGGGUGACUCGUCAGCAGCCGGUUCUGAGGGGGCUGCUAUCGGAUUCGGCGAAAGCGAAGGCUUUGACUCUUUCCUGAGUAUGACUGCUCCGCCUCAGGAAGCAGCGGCGAGGAUAAAACGUAACGAUUCCGCGGAUUCUGACGAGGCGCCUGAUUUCAGUGUCUUUAUAAAACCUAAAGAAGGCACUGAGGCAUUCAACGAAGGCGGUCCAGUGCCAGUUUUAGCUCCUCCGCCAAAAAGUCCAAUGAAUUCGGCUUUCACCGACACAUCUCCACGUUUCAAUCCCUUCGAUAAGUCUGCGGGUUUCGCUCAGGAAGCUGUUGUUCCUUCCGAAAUGCCCCAGGUUCCUGAAAUGACUCGUACUGAUUCUCAAGAAACUCCACCGACUCCAUUAUUCGAUGAAGACGUAAGUCAGCCACUUGAAGAUUUUCCCCGAGUAACUUACACUGGUGACGGUUGGGAAAUGCACUUACGUCAACCUAAUAAAAAAAAAAUAACAGGCCAGCGUUUUUGGAAAAAAAUAUUUGUACGUUUAGUUUAUCAAGGCGAUGCGCCUGUGCUUCAAUUAUUUAACAAAAGCGACGAUAAAGAUCCGUUUCAAGAGCUGCCAUUGCUAACAUGCUAUUCAGUGUCUGACAUAGCAGCCCAGCAGUUUGAUCAGUAUGGGAAAAUAUUUACGGUAAAACUUCAGUACAUAUUUUACAAAGAGCGACCAGGUGUCAGACCGGGACAAGUGACCAAAGCCGAAAGACUUACGAACAAAUUGAGUCAGUUCGCCGCGUAUGCUAUUCAGGGCGACUAUCAGGGUGUGAAAGAAUUCGGUAGCGAUUUAAAGAAACUUGGGCUUCCUGUUGAACACGCACCGCAAAUAUCACAGCUGUUUAAAUUAGGAUCACUAAAUUAUGAGGAUCUUAAGACGUUUUCUUGCGCUGUUGAAGAAGCGCUUUUUAGGAUACCCGCCCAACGCGAUCGCGCGUUGACUUACAAAAUGGAAGAGGUUCAAAUAAAUGUCGUUGAUGAAUUAUACGUCGAGCAGAGUGCCACUGGUCAUGUGGAUAAACAAAUAGCGCGGGUGAGAUUAUUCUUCUUGGGUUUUCUUACCGGAAUGCCGGAUGUUGAACUGGGGAUCAAUGAUAUGUGGCGACAGGGUAAAGAAGUCGUUGGCAGACAUGAUAUUAUCCCGGUGGUUACCGAAGAAUGGAUCAGACUGGAAAGUGUUGAGUUUCACUCUUGUGUCCAGCCGGACGAGUAUGAAAAAUCUAGGAUUAUCAAGUUCAAACCACCCGAUGCAUGCUAUAUUGAACUAAUGAGAUUCCGGGUAAGGCCACCGAAGAAUCGAGAGUUGCCACUUCAGCUAAAAGCUGUAAUGUGUGUUACAGGAAAUAAGGUUGAAUUACGUGCGGACAUUUUGGUUCCGGGAUUUGCGUCGCGUAAACUUGGGCAGAUACCUUGCGAAGACGUGAUGGUACGGUUUCCAAUACCCGAGUGCUGGAUUUAUCUAUUUAGAGUGGAAAAACACUUUAGAUAUGGCUCAGUAAAGUCGGCUCAUAGAAGAACAGGAAAAAUAAAAGGUAUUGAGAGAUUUCUGGGCGCAGUUGAUACUCUCGAGCCCCAACUGAUGGAAGUAACAUCUGGGCAAGCUAAAUAUGAACAUCAGCAUCGAGCUAUUGUUUGGAGAAUGCCUCGAUUGCCCAAAGAAGGCCAAGGCGCAUAUACAACACAUGGACUUGUUUGUCGUAUGUGCUUGACAUCUUAUGAUCAGAUACCAGAAAAGUUGGCGGAAUAUGCGUAUGUCGAAUUUACGAUGCCUGCUACUCAAGUGUCACAUACGACAGCAAGAAGUGUCAGUUUGCAAAAUAGUGACAGUGAUAAUCCGCCAGAAAAAUAUGUGAGAAAUCUCUCGAGACAUGAAUACAGGGUUGGCAUUGAACACACGCAGGGAGAAGGACCAGGUGCUUACGUAUCAGCGACUAAAAAAAUUCCCGAAAGUACUCCAGAGACUCACGAAGAACCAGUUCACCCAGCGGCUGCUGAGUCUGACUCUGAUUCUUCGGAAUAAAUAUUACUUUAAGUUACUAGGUAUCAUAUAAUAAAUUAACAAAUUAUAUAUAUACAUAUAAAUAAAUAUAAUGAUAAAAAGUAAGGUAGAUAUCUAGGAUAAAAAGAAAUUAUUAUUUUUUCUCGCCAGUUGUAAUGCUUGAUAAUGUACCGAGUAAAAGUACCAAUUGCACACUCACUUAUUCUUAGUAAAUCAAUUAAUUAAUUAAUUAAUUAUUAAUGCAUAGGACAGUAAUAAUAUUAAAUUGAGUUGUGAAAAAAGUAAAAGAUUAGUCAGUAAAAAAAAGACAAUACACAGCUUUUUAUGUUUAUUUA